UUAGCCCUACUGCAAAGGUGAAAAAAAUGGAUGCCAUUGUUGGGUUCUUUGAUGAGCUGUGAAAGAAAAUUGUCCAAAAUGGCGAAAUAUAAGGAAGAAAGCUUCUAAAACUGGCACAAAUCGCAAACCGAACACGUUGAGUACUGUAAAGUGUCACGAUUUCGCAGAUUCGAAAGGAUACGAGUUCGAGUUUUCCUGGAUUUACUCUGUGUGUGGGGUGGUGGUCGAUAUUCAUUCCAGCCUCGAAGGGAAACUUUUCUGGAUGUGGUCCAGAAACAGCUUCCCGAACGAAUGCAAACCAGUGCAGUUAGCUUGUAGGAUACUGCAGGAACUAGUAGCCAUCGCUGAGAGCCAUGUACAUAAGGAGAAGUUCGUGUUUAGUCGCCUUUUCCGUUCUGUUAAUAUUUGCUAUUUCGAUAACACUUAGUGCAGACGAAUCAACAGCAACAAUCAAGUAUAGCAUUGUCCAGGGAUGGGCAGCGAAAAUAGGCGGUGAACUAGCAAUCUUAGGAGAUUUUAUAACCAGAAGAAUGAAAGUAGAAGAUAGUUUUAAGCAAGCGCAAGUAGUUAGUAAAAAUGGACAAAAAAUUGUAGAAGAAAUGGCAAAAGACCUGAAGUACAUGAUGGAUGCGAAAGUCAGUGCUGUCAAGCGUAUAAUGGACACGGCCGAAAAUACGGCCAUCUCCAGCGAUGACGAAAAGGUAAACAAGAGCUUUCGGUACUACAACGCGAAGGAGAUGAUCGAACCGGGAGAAAUUAUCACCACACCGAUACCGAUGAUAGACGAAGAUCCGGCCGAGAUAACGACCCCCAUUCCACCGAAGGAGAUCGUACUGACGAAGAAGAAACACUUCUUCAACGAGGCGGUCAAUACUUCGGUUAGCUCGGUGCACGUUCCCACCAAUGUGUACGAUAGAGCUAACGAAACAAUUCGGGCGAUCAAGUGGUCCGAGGCGUUGGACUCGAUCUUCUACAAUAACUACAUCGGCGAUCCAACGCUUACGUGGCAGUACUUCUGCAGUUCGACAGGCUUUCUGCGACAGUUUCCGGCCACCAAGUGGGAAGAGGAUCCAGUCGAUCUGUACGACUGUCGGCUGCGCUCCUGGUAUAUCGAGGCAGCCAACAGUCCGAAAGAUGUCAUUAUCCUAGUAGACAGCUCCGGUUCCAUGACCGGCCAGCGAAAAGAUAUUGCCAAACACGUGGUUUCCAACAUCUUGGAUACCCUAGGACCGAACGAUUAUGUCAACAUCUUCACCUUUUCCGAAGAGGUGUCCGAAGUUGUUGGAUGCUUCCGUGAAACACUGGUUCAAGCAAAUAUGGGUAAUAUCCGAGAGCUGAAGCUAGGAAUGGAUAACAUCGAGACGACUGAGAUCGCGAACGUAUCCGCGGCGUUAACUAGGGCUUUCGAGCUACUGGAAACGUUUCGGGAAAGCCGCAAUGGGGCCCGCUGUAAUCAAGCCAUCAUGCUGGUAUCGGACGGAGUUCCGUACAGCUUCGACGAGAUAUUUGAGCAGUACAAUUGGAAGGAACUCCCGUUCAUACCGGUUCGAGUGUUCACCUAUUUAAUUGGACGUGAGGUAGCCGAUGUAAAAGAAAUCAAAGAAAUGGCUUGUAAGAAUCAAGGCUAUUAUGUACACCUGAGUACGUUAGCCGAGGUACGGGAGGAAGUUUUAAACUAUAUACCGGUGAUAGCUAGGCCGUUAGUACUGAACAAACGUGAACAUCCAGUGGUGUGGUCUGAAGUAUACGCCGAUGUGGAGGAUCCAAAAAUGACGGACUGGUUGUGGGAAAUAAAGGAACGAGCCGAGCAGAAAGAACGAUUCAUAGACUACCGGAAGAAUCGGGUUAUAUUUUUCUCGCCAGAAGAGCAGCAUCGCCGGAUGAUUAUGAAGCAGCGUAUGAAUCAAGACCCAUACUCCAAUAAUCAAAAAUACAACUUCAUGACAACAGUUUCGAUGCCUGUAUUUGAUCGCAGAGAAAAUGCUAACAUCACCGAAGACAUCCUUGUCAAUGAGGCGUACUGGGUUACGAUCACACGCGAGACAAAAGUGGCAAACAUCCUUGGAGUAGCAGGAGCUGAUGUACCUAUCGCCGAGAUUAAAAAGUAUCUGAAACCUCAUUUACUUGGAGUCAACGGGUACGCCUUCAUCGUUACGAAUAACGGCUAUAUUCUAACGCACCCGGAUUUCCGUCCAGUUUUCCAAGAUAUUUUGAAACCAGCUUACAAUACGGUCGAUAUGAUAGAGGUGGAAUUAACCGAUGACGACCGUGGACCACGAGACUUCAAUCCUGCCUUAUUGCAUAUACGUGAAUCGAUAAUUAAUCAGUCCACCGGAGCUAAAUGGGUACACGUGAAGUACCAUUUCGACGAAAUGAAACGCGUUGCUCGCACAAGGCGCCAGUAUUACUGGACGCCCAUCAAGAACACACCUUUCACUCUAGUGGUUACAUACCCAGAAACGCACGGUGUCAAUCGUCUCCAGAUUCGCACGGAAGACGAGAUCCACCGUAUUCAUGCAAAAGGCAACAAUGUCGUUAAUUUUUUCAGCGGCAUCAACUGGAAGAUUCAUCCGGACUGGGUAUAUUGCAAAUAUCUGAACGAACACGCAAACGAAUCGUUCGCCACUCCCGAACUGGAACUAAAACAUUUCCUAGAGCGCAUGAAACAGGGUGGUUGGAAGUGGCCAGCACUCCGAACCCCACCACCACCGGAGCAUGCCAUGUUCUCUAACAUUUCGACCCGUAUACUUGAAAAGGACUACUAUUACUGUGAUCGAAAUCUGAUGCAAGCGCUGGUGUACGAUGCAAAAGUGACCGAAUGGUUUUCUGCCAAUACCAGCAACAGCGGCAACAAGGACGAAAAAGAUGGCCCUAGCCCAAUUGCCGUUUUGAUGGGCCUGUUGCCAAGAAACGAAUUACGUCAACGCUAUGGAAUCACCGUGUCGUUUUUAGCUACGCAUAGUGGACUUACGAGGUGGCAGGACCACAUGAACGAACCCAAACUAUCGGAGCCUGACUUCAGUGAAACAAACAAUCGAGCGACGGAUGAGAUCUGGUACAAGCGAGCCGUGGAGUUGUACUACAACAAUAAAAACAAGAAAAGUGCGGAUGGAAAUGGCAAGGAUGACGCGUACAAAAGCAGCUAUGUUUACUCGGUUCCGUUCGACGCUGGAAAUCGAAACGACACCCUGGUGACGGCCAGCAACGCGAUCUUUCACACUGACGGGGGUAAGGAAACCCCGGUGGCAGUGGUUGGGUUUCAGUUUCACCACUCGGCGAUGUACACGCUGUUCAAAAGCACCACGAGUCAGUGCCUGCAUAGUGAUCAUCAGUGUGAGAAGACCUGCUUCACUGGCGAUUUUCAGUGCUAUGUGAUUGACAACAACGGGUUUGUGGUUAUCAGUGAGCAGCUCCAGGAAACGGGUGCUUUCUUCGGGGAGGUGAAGCCAGCUUUCAUGCAGCGGCUGAUCGAUGAUGGAAUAUUCAAAAAUGUGACCAUUUAUGACUAUCAGGCGGUAUGUUUCAUGAUGAAACACAUUUUCAAUAUAGCCAGCAUCAUUCAAACGCCUUUGAAACUAAUUUGGUGGGCCUUAACGAAUGCCGUUUCAUACGUUUUUUGGCUGAUGACACAAAUAUUCCUAACAAUUGUACAUGCUUAUGACGAAGUUAUCUACGACAGUAGUGCAUAUGAUGCGGUAGCUGAGUUGGGCGACCUGGAGGAUCCAACUGCCGGGCGUUACAAGGAACCGGAGUUCAACAAAGUGCUCAUCAACCGAACACGACCGGAACCGUGUGACCACGUGAUCACGUUGUAUGAACUGAACAACGACAUCGAUCCAAUUGUGUACCGAAAAGAUGCCCAUCAAUGUGAACGCCCAUACGUCGUAGUGCCAAUUCCUUCCAGCAAUCUGAUCCUGCUGGUGCUGGACACACUUUGUCCGCUGCCUAGUCACGUACCCCAGCUUACAACUUGGCCAGUUGAGCACGAUUAUAAUGACACACUAGCCUGCCAUAAGGCGCGCAACGUGGAGCUUCCCCGAAGGAGACCUCUUACCUGUAUCAAUAAGCAUGCAAAUGAAAGUGUCAUAGAAAUUUGCGGUCGUGGAUCUCACAUCAGCUCCAAUUUGUUACUGCUAGUGCUGGUCGUGCUACUAGGGCAAUUCGUCGUCAGUCGUCAUAAUCAGCCCAAUUCUUAAUAGCAUAGAUACAGAGUAAAUAAUAAUUAAUUUUUCGGUUUUUGAAUUGCUCAGCAAUCAGGAAACAGCGAUAUUCGACAACUCUGCUACCACAAAACAAAAACUUUCACUCGUUUACUUUUCUAACAACAGCCAGUAAAUUUUUGACUGAUUCCUUCUCACAUUUCCAAAACUCGCUUAACACAACUAUACAAAACGAAACUUUUUAUUCCAAACUAUUAUAUCUAGGCACAAUUUAAAAUGUUACUUUCAAAUUCAUACCAUUACAAUUGUUUAUCUAGAAAAAUAUUACUCAAAGUAAAUAGAUAUAUUUAGUACAUCAGCUACUAUAAAUAAUUCACUGAAAAAUCUAGCGAAAUUUUGUUAUUCAAUAUCAACAGAUUUUAUUCUCCAAAUCUCUUAUGAAACUGAUACACACGAAAAAAAAAUAAACAAAAUCUAUAGACAUUUUGUUAAUCAUUCAUAUUUAUUCUAUUCUAACAACAUGUACAAAAAAUAGAAAAACUUAAGCAAAUCUCAACCCGUGAGCUAGCGAGUUUACAGUUUACAUAGAAAAUGCACAGCCAAAAUAUAAAAUGACAGAUUUGAGUUGCAAUACGAUAUCGAACACAUUUUUCCAUGUGACGUAUUUUGUUGACAAGCAACUUUAUAUAAUGUAUAAAAUUUCUUGUUGAAAUUUAGUAGCUCUUUUUUCAGCAAAUUUCGUUGUUAUGUCUUUACUGUUUCGUUAGGCUAAGAAGCUCUUAUGUUGCUUCGAACGGUUGCUAGAUUUUGUAUGUACUUGAGAAAGUAAUUAAAUAGACGAUAUUUCUGUUGAAACCGCCUGGUUGCAAUGCCAAAAUUCUUGUAAAAAGACUCGUAAUUUUAGGAAUUACUAUAAUACAAAUAACUCUGUCUACGUAUAAUAGUACCAUAGAUAACGGACGUCCAAAUCAAGCUUUCAUUGUGUAUCUAGAAUUCAUCUGCCAUCUUGAAAACCCAUUCCAAAUCAUACCAAUUAUUCCACAUAGGCAUUACCGAUUUUCUAGUGAAUACUCAGAUUGCGAAUCCGACAGUUUUAUAUUGAGAAAUAACUCGAGAAUGCAUUUAUUUGGACUGUUCCCAAGUAACCAAAGAUUCGGAUAAAAGGGACUGAUUUGUUUUGGGUUGAUGUCAGAGGAACGCGGACCGAAGCGAAGCGAUUCAAUGCGAUGUACUGUUUUCGCUACGCAUUCACUUUGACAGGUUUGCUUUGAUCAAGUGGAACUAGCUCGCACGCGCGUCUUGACACUUCACGUGGCGCUUGCACUCUUACUGCAACCUUAAGUAGCUUACGAAGUUCAUGAAUAUAAUUCUAAGCAGCAUGUUUCUUUUUAGUAAUUAUCCACGAAUGAAAGUUCGCUCGCCGCAACCGAACAAACAUCUAAGCUGCUUCCAGAACGCAUUGUUCAGCUUCUAAGAAGAGAGAAAGGUCACACUGAACUUGUUCUGUACUGUAUUUUCAAGUUGCCAAAAAUAUCACGCGAACUAUUAAGCAGCGAGUAAGUUCACACUGAACUUGUUCUGUGCUUCGAACUGUCAAAAAUUACCACGUGUUUUCUUAAGCAGCGAGAAAGUUCAUGCGGAACUUGUUCUAUGAUUUCAAAUUCUCCAAAGGUCCGCGUGUACUUUCAAGCAGCAUGAAAGUGGUGGUUAAGUAAUUGUGGAACUUCUGGUUGCUUGGCUUUGAUUUAGAUAUCGUUGAGUUGACAGUAAAUUACAGGAAAAAGAAUUCAAAAAAAUCACCACAGCAUAUUUUUUCAUUUCGAUUCUAGAGGUUUUAACCUUGUGGUUAUUCCCUAUUUUCGACUAGAAAAAUUUACGGACCCGAGAAUUUGAAUUCAAACCGGGACGGGUUUCGCGAAAGACAUCAACUUGUCCAUGAAACUACACCCGUCUCCUUCCAACUUGUGAAAAUUGUUUUCAUAUUCUUGCAUUGUACAGAAGUCCAUGAAAAUCGAAAUGAGAGUAUUUUGUUAAUUUCGUGGUGAUCCUCAAGACGGCAGUGUAUGAAAACCAUUGGCACAAAACUGAUUUCAUCAAAGUUCUGAAGCUUGUUUGCAAGACAAUUGAAAAAAUAUUACAUAUUGGACUGUCAAAAACAUUCAUCCUUAUUCUGAAUUAGGUUUCAUACGAACAUUACAUAACCUCACGAAAUGAGUCAUUGAAUGUCGUUUAACAAUAACCAGUGUUUUUUUUUGUCUGUUCAUUCCAAUUUGAACGCAUGUAAUCGAGUACGUAAUUAGGUUUUUUACAGUCACUGCUAACCUCAAUCGAAUGAACACAUUUUGACAGUUCAGCAGUACUGUUUGUAAACAGAAAUUUCUUUUGUUUGUUUAUUGACAAAUUGGAUCAGACCAUUUACGGUCCGUAUCGCCUAAAUAAAGUUUUAAAACGUUUGUUCACAAUUGAAUGCGGUUUGUUUUUGAUAUUUAUUAAAUAAAAGUGACUAGUUGCAAAGUGUAAAGAUGAUUAUUUUAGAUGUGUUCUUCGAUUUUUGUUUAAGCUUGUUUGUAAACAGUACCGCUGAACUGUCAAGGAUGAAUACUUGUUCAUUUGUGGCGUCACGAUAAAAAACCUAAUCAAACCAGCUGUCAAAUAUGAAAUGUAUUCAUCACGAGUUCAUUCGUGACGUCAUCUUGUUAAAACUAACUACGAUGUAUUCGAUCAAAUUUCAUUCGUAUUCUUGAAAAUACUAGCAAAAUCAAAAGAAAUUUGAAUUCCACCGAACCACAUUCGUGCGAAAAAUCAAUACGCCGUAAUUCUGAAUAAAAGUGAACAUUGUUCUCGAACUGGGUUAUUUUUGACACCAACUACUAAGGUUGUGGACCAUAUAGCGAAUUAUUUUAACUUCAAGUUAAAAUUUGACAGCCGAGAGUUAUUCUGUCGUUGUAAAAACUAACUCUACUCAAAAGCAUGGAUAUUUUUGACAAUUCGAUGGUUAUUUUCCGACACUGAAGAGAAUCUACAGUGUCGGAUAAAGUCAUUUCAAGAUUUUCAGUAGAAUUUACAUAUGUGUAAUUUCUUUUUAUACUUUCAGUAAAAGAAAAUAGUCCAACAAAAUGUUUCAGUACAUUGUCAAACAAAGUAAUUUUUUCUCGCGGUACUCUGUAUUGCCAUUAAUGUACACGCUUACUUGUGGCUACCCAGUGAGUGAAUCGAAAGUACUCAUUUUCAACAACUGUGAACAGAUGUCAAAAAAUGAGUAGAAUUUAAAACUGUCACUGUGUCAAAGUAACUUAACCGCGCACCGACAUUUUCAAGUUUUUCCGGAUGGAUAAAAUUAAAAGUGUUAUAGACAGCGAGUCGUGUCAGGCUCUUGCUGGUUAGUAAAAUACACUAAAAUGCAUUUUUACAUUAUGCAAUAAAAAUACAUUUGAACUACGAAUAGAUUUCAAACGUCCCGUUUGUGGUUGCUUGGUGGAUUGAUGCCGAGAGAAGCAGAACUGUUCCGGAUACAUGUUUGAAAAAAAAACCAUUGAAUUAAACCUAUUGCACAUGUGGGUAUUUCAAUAAAAUGUAGUUAUUUUUUAAAAGUUUUUAAAGCAAUUUAUUUAAACUUAAUUGGAUUGGAUAAGAAUGGGUACUUUCCACAUAUUUACAAAUGUCAACAAAAGAGAGUAAGUUCUACUCAAAUUUCGCGAAAAACAUAUUUACCCAAAAUUGCGCAAUACUCACUGUACUCAAUUUUGGGUAGGUAUGGUUUUUGCGAAAUUGAGUGACUUUUGACUCAAUUUUGGAUAGCCAUAAGUAAGCGUGUACCACUUGAUAUCAUUUAAUUUCCAGUGCAAAUAAACCCAAAUAACUUUCCUUGCGUCAAACUUUGUAAUGGGCCGCAGUUUUAGUUAAAUUUAACUACUCUACAGAAAAGAACUGCUCGACUGUCAAAUUUUAACUAAAAGAUAACAUAAAUCGCGAGAUGGUUCACAACCUAACCGUCAUAUUUCAAUCAAAAGUUGAAAUAAUUGUCUUCCAUACAAUUAUUUGGGAGUAUGAAAUUUUUUGCGAAAUGGAAAUAUGCACUUUUUUGAUCUAGAAUGCUUUACACACUUCUUGAAAGAAAUUUUUGCUUGCUUGGAUGUCUGUUCUCUGGGAUAGUAGAUAAGAAUAAAUCGGGGUCAUAAAAAGAAUUAUUUCUUAAUCUUGAAAUUGAUAAGCUUUAACUACAACGUAGGGGAAAAUUUGUCUAAACUCUGUUCAAACUCAGACAAAUAAACUAAUCUAAUACUAAAGAAUCCCGCACAACCCUCCACGAUUUUCCAAAACUCGCUUAUCUGCUCUAAACUUUCUCAAUCCUUCCUGAACUUUCUUAAGCCCACUGAAUCUUGUUUGAGUUCAGACAAAGUUUGGAGCGAUUUCUCCCUAAACUACAAGCAUGUAUCUACUGGAAAGUAGAAUAGCGUUUUUUAGAAUUUGAACAUGCUGUGCUGCACCGAGUUAGAGUUAGCUACACUCCUAUGUAAAAUAGUGUAGUUGAGACUAUGUCGGAAUAGCACAACGACUAAAUAAUAAAAGCGCUACAUAAUUUACGCAAUUCCUCAUAUACAAGCGCAAAUGAACCAAGUAAAAAAAGAAAUAAAAAGAAAAAGUAUAGAAACAAGCAAGUUGUUUGGUUAUUGUAAGCCAAACUGCAAUCUCGAAUACUGCAACACUAGAAAAUCACGUAGCAAGCGCUGAUCAAAUCGUUCUCAUUUUCUUAAGGCGAAAUCAACACAAGUAAUGAAACUACAACAAAUGAUUUUUUUCAUUGAAUUUUUGCUAAUAAAAGUCUGUGAUAAAAUUGUAAAA